AUAUACUUCUGAACUGUGAAGUCCUCCGACGUUUGCUGGAUAUGCUCAUCUGCUAUGGUUUCUUCUCUGACUUCACUGUUCGUCCAAGCCAUUCCAUGCGUGGAAGUAUACCAAAUAAACCAGCAUAUAGAUGCAACCUCGAAGAGACUAAGGAAAUCUAAAAGCAAGUAAGUGAGCUUAUGGAAAAGGGGUAUGUGCGAGAAAGCAUGAGUCCAUGUGCAGUUCUUGUUCUGUUGGUACCUAAAAUGGAUGGAUCUUGGAGAAUGUGUGUUGAUUGCAGAGUCAUCAACAAAAUCAUGUUUCUGACAGGAAAGGAUCUCAAGGUAUAAAAGAAAGAAAUGCAUGAGAUUAGUGAGCAUGCAAGGAACAUCAGAACCUAAUAAUGUUUUAGCUGAUUUACCAGUAGUGCUCGAGGCAAGUUCUGCUCCUUUAGUUCAGGCCUUAAAGUCUACUGCAGAACAAGAUGUUGCUUGUUUUCACUUCCCAGGACAUAACAGAGGGAAAGCAGCUCCUAAUUUGUCCAAUCUUACUGGUCCAGGAGCUUUUCUACAUGACCUACCUGAACUCCCAGAGUUGGAUGAUUUGUUCUCUCCAAAAGGUGCAAUUUUAGAUGCUCAGGCAGAAGCUGCAAAAUUGUUUGGGGCGUCUGAGACAUGGUUUCUUGUUGGAGGCACCACUUGUGGCAUUCAAGCGUCCAUAAUGGCUACAUGUUGCCCAGGUGAUGUACUCAUUCUCCCAAGGAAUGCUCACAUUUCUGCAACCUCGGGUCUCGUUCUGUCUGGUGCAGUGCCAAAAUACAUUCUACCUGAGUAUAAUUCUUGUUGGGAUAUUGCUGCCGGAAUAAGGCCAUCGCAAGUUGAAGCCGCAAUAAAAGAGUUGGAGGAAGUCGGAAAAACAGCAGCUGCAGUUCUCAUCACUUCUCCAACAUAUCAUGGCAUAUGCAGUAAUCUGAAUGAGAUUACUAAAGUUUGUCACUCCCGAUGUAUUCCUGUAAUAGUGGAUGAAGCACAUGGUGCUCAUUUCAGGUUUCAUCCUAACUUUCCAAGCACUGCUCUUGAACAAGGUGCAGACUUAGCUGUCCAGUCUACCCACAAGGUUCUAUCUUCUCUGACACAGUCAUCAAUGUUACAUAUGUCUGGGAACCUUAUAGAUACGGAGAGAAUAAGCAAAUGUCUUCAAAUGCUGCAGAGCUCCAGCCCAAGCUACCUAUUACUUGCAUCAUUAGAUUCUGCAAGAGCUCAGCUAGGGAAAAAUCCAGAUGCUAUUUUUUGUGAUGCCGUGAAUUUGUCCCUGGAAACCAGAAAAGAAAUAGGAACAACUGCAGGUGUCUCAUUACUGGAUUUGUCUAGCUUUCUUUCUGGUUUUACUGCUAUUGAUCCUUUGCGUAUCACUCUUGGUGUCUCACAGCUCCAUAUAUCAGGCUACAUGGCAGAUGAGGUAUUGUGGGAAGGACAUCGCAUAAUACCUGAGCUUGUAGGAAGCAGCUCACUAACAUUUGUAAUCAACCUGGGGACUAGCAGGAAAGAUAUUCAAAGACUUAUUUUAGGGGUAAAGAAUCUGUCCAGGAAUUUCUUUAAUGGAAACAAAAUAAAGUCUGAUGUAUGGAAUGGCGUACGUGCUCCAGCUACAUACUCUUCUAUGCAACUUAGCCCUAGGGAUGCCUUUUUUGCGAAGAAAAGAAGGGUAAAUAUUAGAGAAAGUGUUGGGGAGAUCUGCGGGGAGUUAAUCUGUCCAUACCCACCUGGUAUUCCAGUCCUGAUUCCUGGUGAGGUCAUUACUGAGGAAGCUCUAUCCUAUCUGUUACGUGUUUUGAGAAUGGGGGCUGCAAUUAGGGGAGCCGCUGAUCAGCAGCUCUCUUCCAUAUUGGUGUGUCGUAUAUGAUGCAACAGGCGAUCAAUUUUUGAAGCUAUUCAGAUGGGAUAUUAGCUUAAAGAGGGAGAAGGAUUAGACUAAAACACAUGGAAGGCCUAUUUGCUCUUAGCCAAAUUGUUUGAAGGGUGUUCAUGUGCAAAGUAUCUGAGGAAUUUAUACGACUUCUAGAAAACUUCUGGAAAUUUAUCAUGCAGAGCAACAUCGACAGCACGUACGAAGCUAGCCUGAUACAGUCAACCUCAAGGCUGUUAUAUUAAUAUUUGUUUCAAUAGUAGUUAAUCAGCAUGAAAAUGUUAUUUUCACUUGAUAUAGAAAUAAGAAAUCGUAGCACGAUCGACCUUCAUUA